CUUUUUUGAACGAUCAUGUCGGGUUACGGAGCACCUUCAGUGGCCAUGGCGCCCUUUUUGAACGAAAGAAAAGCAAUCGAAGAUUUGACGAGUCUUCUUAAGCAUAUUGACGACAAAGGAGAGCUUAAAGAUCUUCUGGAGAAUGAAAGUCAGCUCAAUGAACUAAUCGCAGAUAAUGAGGAGAUGCACUUUCAAGCCAAUAUUCACCGGACACAACCUUAGCAUUGUUGCAAACUUCUGCAGCACAAGCAGAGGAAGAAGCUGAGAAAAUUGCUGAUAAAUUCCUAGAUGGUGAAAUCAAUGUUGAGGACUUCAUUCAGUCAUUUCAAAGUCAGAAGACUAUUCACAGCUUACGAAAAAUUAAAUCUGAAAAGUUGACUGAGGUAUUAAGAAGUAGGAUGUCUUCCCAAUAUUCCUAUAGGCUUUAAUUAUUCAUACUCUUAAACAAGAAGAAAAAUACAUGUGUUAAAAAAAAAAAAGGCUUAUCGUCUUUUCUCUUCAAAAUAAAACAAAGCUCUGUGGAUAUGGUUAAACUCUUUUGUUGGGGCCAGCCCCAAUGAGGAUUAAGAACAAAACUUGACUGGGGUUUCUGUGUUCAAAAAGGCAUGAUUUAGAGUUGAUGGAGAAGGAUGAAAUACCUUACAUUUUUCAACCUUUCAUUGGCAAAAUGAAAGUUUGUACUCAUGUGAAAUCAUUAAUUUAUGCAUAGCUUAUAUUAAUGUAAUAGAGCAGUUGUUUGGGGGAUAAUGCUAUGUUAACUAUUUUACUCCCAGAUUUCAUUAGUGAUGCUCCAUACUGUCUGCCAUACAAUUCUUACGAUGUUGGUGUGAAGAAUUUUGUAUUGGAUUGACUAAUAAUCCCCUAAUUGAUAUUUUUGCUUAUUCUCAUCACUUGUCUGCUUGAUGUUGCAUGGAUAUUGUAAAGACAAGUUCUGUUUUGGUUGCUCAUGGGAGCUAAAGGGUUAUGUGUAUAUUGCCUGUCUGAGCCUGACUCAGAUUAAAGUGAUGUCAACUGGGAGUUAGGCCCAGAUUGACAAUCUUCACCUUGGACAAAGUCAUAGGUAAAAUUUAAUAAAGUUAGUGUGUAACAGGCUGGGAAUAAUGCUUACAUGUUUAUUGUAUAAUGUGAUCUGUAGCAGCUAUGGUGAUCACAUAGCUUGGAAUUGGUUGUAUUACUUUAAUUCACUUUAGCACAGCUAAGUUCGAAGUAAAGUUCAAAGUUAAUUUUUAGGUUUUCUAAUGGUAAUUAUCAGUACAAUAUGACUGUGGUAUGUAUAUGGUUUGAGACCAAGAGACAGUUAGACAGGUGUCAGAAAGUUUUCCCAAAAGCUUAAAAGUUGUGCAAAAGAGCUGGCUCUUUUGUAUAAUGUUAGUCCUUCAAAUUUUUGCGCAACCUUCAGGCACUGAUUUUUGAUAUGUCUUCCAUAGUUUCCUGUAACCCAUUAAAACUUAGAAUAAAGAAAAAGUGUUUCCUUCUUCACUUA